AUGGAGACUUCCACCAUUAAAACCAGAAUUAAAAACCUACUUCGCUCCCCUUCAGUUAAACUCAAAAGAAACCGGCAAACCACCAGAGGAAGUCCUGCUGACAUGUUAACUCUGGAGCGAGUACUUGGUGUAACUACUUCAGGAAGCAGUGGACUAACAUGUGAUCCUUGUUCUGGUGCUGUGGCCUACCCAGCAGGGUGUGUGGUAGUGCUACUAAACCCUAGGAAGAACAAACAGCAGCACAUCAUUAACACAUCCAGGAAAACUAUAACCACUUUAGCCUUUUCAUCUGACGGCAAAUAUCUUGUCACAGGAGAGAGUGGUCACCUGCCUGCAGUGAGGGUUUGGGAUGUGUCUGAUGGCUCUCAGGUGGCAGAGUUACAAGAGCACAAGUAUGGUGUGGCCUGUGUAGCUUUCUCUCCUAACAGCAAAUACAUUGUUAGCGUUGGCUCUCAGCAUGACAUGAGUGUCAACGUGUGGGUCUGGAAGAAAAACAUGUUGGUGGCUGCUAACAAGGUGUCCUGUAAAGUAACAGCGGUGGCAUUUUCUGAGGACAGCUCCUACUUUGUGACAGCUGGGAAUAGACAUGUCAGGUUCUGGUACCUGGAACCCUGCAACUUAACCAAGCCUCUUACAGCUCCUGUUCCACUACUUGGGCGAUCAGGCCUCUUGGGUGAACAGCAGAACAACUUCUUUUGUGAUGUAGCCUGUGGACGAGGUGAGAAGUCCGAGAGCACUUUUUGUCUCACUCUUUCUGGGCUUCUCUGUGAGUUUAAUGAGAAGAGGAUGCUGGAUAAGUGGGUAGAUUUACGGACCAGUACAGCACAUGCUCUGACUGUCAGUGAGGAACUGAUCUUUUGUGCAUGCGCUGAUGGAACGGUUCGAGUAUUCAGCUCAUCUGAUUUGCGCUUCAUCUGCACCCUGCCUCUCCCUCAUCACCUGAGUACUGACAUGACUACUGUGACACAGGCCAGUAACAACUCUUUCAAGAAAUCAGACGCCCGUUAUCCUGACUCCUUGGCAGUGACCUUUGACCCUGUCAAUCUCUGGCUGUCCUGUGUGUACAGCGACCACAGUCUGUAUGUUUGGGACGUUCAAGAUUUGCAACGAGUCGGAAAAGUGCACUCGGCUCUCUAUCACGCCGCCUGUGUCUGGGACUUGCAGAUGUAUCCAAAAGCUACAGAGGGGUCGCCGACUGAGCUUUGUACCGCAGGACAGUUCUUCACCUGCUCUGCAGAUAACACAAUCCGUAUGUGGAGCACCGAGCCACACAACAACUCAACUGAUGUAAGUAUUCUCAGCAAUGAUCUUCACAAGGUUAUUUAUACAGAGAGUAACACUACAUGCCUGCUGGACAGAGAGAGAACAGCUGGCAGCAACACAGAAAAGCCUGAAGUGCAAACUGCAGAGAGCCGAACAGGCAUCAGAAGCAUCUGCAUCAGUCCAGAUGGCAAACAUCUGGCCUCAGGAGACCGAAAUGGCACACUCAGAGUUCAUGAUCUUAACAGUAUGGAGGAGAUCCUUAAAGCUGAGGUUCAUGACUCCGAGAUCCUGUGUUUGGAGUACUCCAAACCUGAAACUGGAUUAAAGCUGUUGGCGACGGCAGGUCGGGAUCGUCUGAUUCAUGUAUUGGAUGUUGAGGAGGACUACAGUGUGCUGCAGACCCUGGAUGAACACUCCUCCAUCACAGCAGUUCGCUUUGCUGCCAAUGAGGGGAAAGUAAGGCUUGUCAGCUGUGGAGCCGACAAGAGUAUAUACUUCCGUACUGCCCAUAGGACUUUCAGAGGAGUAAAAUUUAAGCGUACCCACCAUGUGGUGAGAAAAAGCACUCUUUACGACAUGGAUGUGGAUCCCACCUGCAAGUAUGCUGCCGUAGGCUGUCAGGACAGAAGGAUCAGAGUGUUCAACAUAAGCAGUGGAAAACAAAAAAAAUACUUUAAAGGCUCUUUUGCUGAAGAUGGAAGCCUUCUGAGGGUGCAAAUUGAUCCUUCUGGUCUGUAUGUGGCCACCAGCUGUUCUGAUAAAAAUAUCAACUUGUUUGACUUCCGGACUGGAGAGUGUCUGGCUGCCGUGUUUGGACACUCAGAAAAUAUCACUGGUAUCAAGUUCACUAGUGACUGCAGGCAUCUGAUCUCAGUCUCAGGAGACAGCUGUAUUUUUAUAUGGCGUCUUGCUCCUGAGCUGACCAUUAACAUGAGGGAGCGUCUGGAUCAGUUGAAGCGCUGUCAAAUCAUCCCAGCCCUUACACACUCUGUGUUCAGACGUGAUUCUACAAGCAGCCUGGAGCUGCACAGCACUCUGUCUCUACCUACCUGCUCCACCGAGAGUGAUGAAGCAGAGGAUCAUGAAGACGAAGACAGAUUUGGUGACAUCCAAACCCCAGAUGAAAAUGACAUUCACCAAAAAUCAUUAGAAGAUGAACAAGGUGCUUCAGAUGAGGCUCAUGACUGGGACUCUUCUAUUAAGCCCCAGGAGUCAUGUACAGGUACAUGUGGAUCUGAGCCAUCUCUGCCCCAGGUUCCUCACAAGAGAAAACGUUGGAACUGCAGGAUGGGCUCUUUGGAUCUAAUGGUGAAGUCCAUGUUGGAGCUUCGGCAGCUUGACUCUUUUUCUAGGCCCAACUCUCCCAAGAGAGGUCAUCUUAGCAACCAGGCCAGUGGCAGCACUGCUAGCCUGAAAGCCAAUACGGUGAACUCAUUACAAUGCAAUCCUCACUCUGCCUGGUUAUCUCCUGCUUCAUCUCCGGAGCCUGAAGGUGUAGUGUUGUACCCAGUUUUGUGCCCAAGCACUGACUUCCAGUCUGAAGCCUGCCAGUUGCAGAGAGAAAAUGUGAAGUGUCAUGACAGCCCUAGCCGUGACAGUGGUGGCUCUGCUGGCUAUGGAAGUGGAGGAUCCAGCCCAGAGCAGGGCAGUGAAGGCUCUGAUAAUACUGAGCCAUUAAGUAUCGAUGAGGAGCAUUACACACAAGAAGAGGAGGACAAGGACAGAGGAAAGUCAUUUCACAAACCGGAGAGCCUUAAUCAAGAGAGAUUUCUCAAGCAGCACUCUCGGACGAUGGCUGAAAUCAAUAAAGGUCAGAAGCCCAGACCCAGAAGCAGCAUUUCAGCAAGCUUUUUUGCACAAGGCUCCACCACCAGUAGUCCCUCCAGGUCCUUCUCCAAGACUGGCAGAAAGUCUAAAAGAGGUCCAAGUUGUGUAUUUAAGCCUCAAUACAUCCCAGUGCAUCCCAUGCAAGAGGACAAGAGUCAGGAACAGGGCUUGGAGGAGAAGACGGAGACAAACCUUCCUGAUCUGCUAGGCUCAACCCCAAAGAGGAGGAAAUCUAAUAGAGUGCAAGAGGUCAACCCAAUAAGCAAGUGGAGGGUGAAGUCAAUGUCUACACACAGCCUAUUAGCAGAAAGUAGUCAGAAAUCUGUAACCUCAUCCUAUCUAAAACGAGAGUCUUACCCUCCAGUUUCUGAGCUUCCCACAGAGAAGAGUGAUGCCAAAAUACAAUCACGCCACUCAUCUUCAACAGAAAGUCCAUCUGCUCAUCUCUGGGACAGCCCUAACACACAACGGCGCUUCAAGAAUCGCUCCUACAUGAACCCCACUACAAGCUUUAAAGCCAAGGUCUGCCGCUCUGUGUCCCUCGGAGAGGGUCUUCAUUUAAACCUGCCCACUGGCCAGACGACACCUAGCACAGGGUCAUGCCAAUCUCCGACCAGUCCAUCUGAUGCCAGUACGCCUCUUCUGCCAUCUCCGUCCAGCCCUCUGCCUGGUCCAUGCAACCAGGGUGAACCAGAGUUAAGUCAUGGUGGAAGUCAGACUUCACCUGUUAAAAUAAACAAGACUCAUGUUUUAUCAAGGACAAGUUUAUCAUCAUCUCCAGUUUCUCAUUCUGAGCCUGUUAAAGGCAACCCUGAAGCUUUGUCCUACACCAAACAGCACCCCCUGGUGGCUGUCCAGGCCUACAACGUGAUGCAUGAGAGCCAGACUGAUCAAGCAAAGACCUCAGUCAACCUGGAGACUUGCAGACAGGCUGCAGCUGAGUUGUACAGCAGCAUAAAGAAAGCCACACAGCUCUUCGGAAUGAUGAACUCUGAUGCUGGGGAUAAGGGGACAGAGCAGCAGGAAAUGGGGCGAGUGCUGGUGGAUGCUCUGUUCAUGGCGCGCUCUGAGCUGGAGGCUGUUCCUGGACUCUGCUCUAAGGUGGAGCCGAUGGGGUCAAGUGAAGGUGAAGAUAAAACGUUAGCCCUGCUGGAGCAGUACUCUGAGCUCCUGCUGCAGUCUGUAAAGAAAAAACUUGAAGACAAGAUCUAG